UUCUAAAAGGAUUAUCGGACACAUGUCGUCCAUUUGCACGACAUCCUAACCGGUCUCACUUCAGCUGGCCUGCAGCUUAACCUAAAGAAGUGGCAUUUCGCUGCCCAAACAUUAGCUAUCUCGGAUUGCAUUGUGUCCAAAGGCGGCAUUGUUUGCAACCCCGACAAGUAUCGCACAGAGUUUCCAAAGCGAACGUCUAUCAAGGCCCUCCGAUGUUUGGAAUGCGUCACGGUGUAUUCGUGAUCUUCUGCGCUUUAGCGCUGUUCGUGCUCUGUGCUUUACUUCUGCAGAGAGCUAAUGCGAAGAAUGGUGGCAAUCUGACCUGUCCGGAGAGACCACGUUAUCAAAAUUUAACGUGCACCUAUAUUCACCACGUUUCUAAGCGCGAUAUAACCUGUCGGAGACCUGACAAUUCCUUGUGCACUGACCCGCGGGUGGGCGCCAGAGGAGGCAAGCCCGUGCAAAAGUCACCUGGGAGAAAGGAUCAGCCGCCCAUCCUCGACCAGACUCCGUGGGCUGCUGCCAGAGGAGGCAAGCACGUGCAGACGUCACCUGGGAGAAAGGAUAAGCCGCCCAUCCCCGACCAGACUCAGUGCAUGUCUCGUGACGUUGACGUGAGCAAGAUCCCGUCUACGAUUUUACUGGGCCUAUUUAAGGGGCCCCGCAAUGCACUUUUUGAAUGAAUUCAUUCUCUUCUUCUGUUCCUUUACCAACCAUUGAAUAAACAAUGCAAGUUUUGCACUAGAAGUCGUCU